CUGUCCCCAUGUCCCGCCUGUUCUGGUUAUUCACUUCGUCACGUUACUGUGUGUGAGAAGAAGCUGACUGGAAAGAGCGAAAAGCGCAGAAAGAACGAACGAACGAAAGCUAAAAAGUGUGUUUGAUUGAUAGAGAUACUGAUACACGGCUUCAACGUUUCCGCGUCGAUCUCUCUCAGAUUCUUGGGUCUUCGCCAUGGCGGAGCGUGGUUCUUACGGAUUGGGACCUCGAUUAGAUCUUCAGCAAUUACAACUCGAAGCCCAGAAUAGGUGGUUGCGCCCUGCGGAAAUAUGUGAAAUUCUUUGCAAUUAUCGGAUGUUUCAAAUCACUUCAGAACCACCUACCAGGCCACCAAGUGGCUCGCUUUUUCUCUUUGAUCGGAAGGUUUUAAGGUACUUCAGAAAAGAUGGACAUAAUUGGAGAAAGAAAAAAGAUGGAAAGACUGUGAAGGAAGCUCAUGAAAAGUUGAAGGUGGGAAGUGUUGAUGUGUUACACUGCUACUAUGCCCAUGGAGAAGAAAAUGAAAAUUUUCAGAGGCGAAGCUAUUGGAUGCUUGAACAGGAUAUGAUGCAUAUAGUAUUUGUGCACUACUUGGAUGUUAAGGUUAACAAAACUAAUGUUGGUGGAAAAACAUAUUCUGGUGAGGCCACAUCAGAUUCCCAGAAGGGAAGUUCUUUGUCAUCUGGCUUUCCUAGAAAUUAUGGUAGUGUGCCUUCUGGAAGUACAGAUUCCAUGAGCCCAACCAGCACUCUGACGUCUUUAUGUGAAGAUGCCGAUUCAGAGGAUAUUCAUCAAGCCAGUUCAGGAUCACAAUCCUAUCAGGAAUCAAAAUGUUUGGGAAAUGAUUGCCCUAUCGAUAAGAUUGAUGCUCGUUCAAAUAAUUCAUAUCUUAUGCAUCCAUCUUCAGGUGAUCGUGGACAGUUUCCAGUUCCUGGAUCAGAAUAUAUCCCACUUAUUCAGGGUCAUAGAGCACACGACAUUGCAUCAUGGGACAAUGCCAUGGAGCAGUCUUCAGGAAAGCAUACUGCUCCUUCUCUUGUAUCAUCUACAUCCAUUCCACCAAGUGCAUCAGGAAACAUCCUUGAAGAAAACAAUGCUGUUCCAGGCAACCUUUUAGGGCAUAAAAAUGUCCUCAUCGAAGAGGAAAGGGUCUCUCAGGCUCUCCACUCAAAUUGGCAGAUUCCUUUUGGGGACGAUACAGGAGAAUUACCUAAGUGGAGCCUUACCCAAACAUUAGGUUUGGAAUUUGGAUCUGAUUAUGGCACUAGUUUACUGGGGGAUGUAGCAGGCUCAGAAAUUCUUGCUGAGAUGUUCACUUUUAAUGGUGAGUUAAAAGAGAAGUCUGUGAACCAAAACAUCUCAAAGCAAUAUACAAAUACACAGUCUCAACCUGCAACAAAAUCCAAUUCUGAUUAUGAAGUGGCUGGUGAAGCAAGUAUUAAUUAUACCUUGACCAUGAAGCGUGGAUUAUUGGAUGGAGAGGAGAGCUUAAAGAAGGUUGAUAGUUUCUCUAGGUGGAUUACUAAAGAAUUUGCUGGUGUGGAUGAUCUGCAUACGCAGUCCUCCCCUGGUAUUUCAUGGAACACAGAUGAUUGUGGGGAUGUGAUAGAUGAUACAUCAUUAAACCUGUCCCUUUCUCAAGACCAGCUAUUUAGCAUAAAUGAUUUUUCACCUAAAUGGGCUUAUGCUGAAUCAGAAAUUGAGGUGUUGAUUGUUGGAACAUUUUUGAAGAGUCAACCUAUGGUGACAGCAUGUAACUGGUCCUGUAUGUUUGGGGAAGUAGAAGUUCCUGCUGAGGUUUUAGCAAAUGGAAUUCUAUGCUGUCAAGCUCCACCUCAUAAGAUUGGACGGGUUCCCUUCUAUGUAACGUGUUCCAAUAGGUUUGCCUGUAGUGAAGUUCGGGAAUUCGAGUACAGGGAAGGUUUCGACAGAAAUAUAGAUUUUACAGAUCUUUUUACCAGUUCAACUGAAAUGGUCCUUCAUUUGCGACUGGUUGGGUUACUUUCUUUAAAUUCAGUGCACACUUCAAAUCAAGUGCUUGAGGAUGAUAUGGAGAAAAGAAACUUAAUUUUCAAGCUUAUUUCACUGAAAGAGGAAGAAGAAUAUUCAAGUAGAGAAGAGACAACUGUGGAGAUUGAUGCAACAAAACACAAGUUGAAGGAGCAUAUGUUUCACAAGCAGGUUAAAGAGAUGUUGUACUCUUGGCUUCUUCACAAAGUAACUGAAACUGGUAAAGGGCCUCUUGUAUUAAGUGAGGAAGGGCAGGGCGUGUUACAUUUAGUUGCUGCUCUUGGUUACGAUUGGGCCAUAAAACCAAUCAUAACUGCUGGAGUAAAUAUCAACUUCCGUGAUGUGAGUGGAUGGACAGCUCUACAUUGGGCUGCAUACUGUGGCCGGGAGCGAACAGUUGCAGUCCUUGUGUCCAUGGGUGCAGCCACUGCAGCAGUGACAGAUCCAUGUCCAGAAUUUCCUGAAGGUAGAACAGCUUCAGAUCUUGCUUCUAGCAAUGGCCACAAAGGAAUUUCUGGUUUUCUUGCAGAGUCAUUAUUAACUAGCCAUCUUGAAUUACUCACAAUGGAGGAAAAUAAAGAUGGUAGGAAAGAAACUUCAGGAAUGAAAGCAGUCCAAACAGUUUCAGAGCGAACUGCGACACCUGUGCUUUAUGGGGAUAUACCAGAUGUUAUCUGCCUUAAGGAUUCUCUCAAUGCUGUCCGAAAUGCUACACAAGCUGCUGAUCGAAUACAUCAAGUAUACAGAAUGCAGUCAUUUCAGAGGAAACAGUUAGCUAAGCCUGAUCAUGAUGAUGAAUUUGGAUUGUCAGAUCAACAAACUCUUUCCUUUUUAGCUUCUAGGAUGAGCAAAUCUGGACAAGGAGAGGGUUUAGCCAGUGCUGCUGCAAUACAAAUACAGAAAAAGUUUCGGGGUUGGAAGAAGAGAAAAGAAUUCUUGAUCAUUCGUCAAAGAAUUGUUAAAAUCCAGGCCCAUGUAAGAGGUCACCAGGUCAGAAAGCAGUAUAGAACAAUCAUAUGGUCCGUGGGAAUCCUGGAAAAGGUCAUAUUACGCUGGAGGCGCAAGGGCAGUGGUUUACGUGGAUUUCGAUCAGAUGCUGUGAACAAGGUCAUCCCUGACCAACCAAUAGAGUCUCCGAAAGAGGAUGAUUAUGAUUUUCUCAAGGAAGGAAGGAAACAAAGUGAAGCAAGGUUCCAAAAGGCCCUUUCACGGGUGAAGUCCAUGGUUCAGUAUCCAGAGGCACGGGCUCAAUACCGGCGGGUGCUAAAUGUAGUUGAGGACUUCCGUCAAACCAAGGGAGAUAAUUUGAAUUCGAUGAAUUCUGAAGAGGCAGUUGAUGGUGUGGAGGAUUUGAUUGAUAUUGACAUGCUUUUAGAUGAUGAAAAUUUCUUGCCUAUAGCUUUCGAUUGAUUCUCUGCCGUGGCUCUACCUACUCACCCUCCCUCUCGGUAAAUAGAUGAUGCCCAGUUGGUUUUAUUCGGCAUUGGAAAUUUCCUAACAUCGCGUGCUGCUGUAUAUAUAUAAUAUAUAUAUUGAAUCAUAGGUCUUCCUGUUUUCUAGAAAAAAAAAGAAACUAGUAUCCAAGGUGGAUUAUAAAUAGAUUAUGAAACCCUGAAUGCGUUAAGGUUCGACAGUUGAAAUAAUAUUAUAGACAUGAUUUAAUUUUA